GUCGACAGUUGCGCACUCCCCUUUUUAUGCCGUCAGGAGGAGUCGCGCAUUUUUCCUGUUGCCUAAGACUCUAUGAUUGUCCUUCACAAUUGCCGAACCCAAGAAGACACCAUCGGUUUGGAGGCCCAGGGCACUCCUGCGACAUUCCUUUACCUUUACAACUCCAACCCCAAAACGAAAUCUGUCGAACACGCAUGUCUCAUCCCCUCUCUCACCUACUGACGCAAGACGGUCGCUGUCGGCCGAGCUACCGCGACUAAGAAUGGCGUUUAGUUUUUCAAAUGCCGCGUUAAGCGGCUCAGCUGCUGGUUCUCUGGGUGUCAACGUAAAAGAUGGAGCCGAAUUACAAGAAAUUCAGACAAAUGAACUGGGGUUUGCAGCUCUUAAUGGCGAGUCGAGAGUCCAGCUCCUUCCGACACCAUGGCCUGCGGAUAACCCCCCUCCUCCCUCGUCGUCUUUACUCAGUGUUGCGUCAGCCAGAGGCUUGUUAGCUGCCGCAGGGCCGGAUGCUGUCUACAUCACCUCCACGACCAAGAUCCGAGAAGCGUUCAACUCUCCACCACCUGAUAAAAGCCAGACACGUCAAUUCCUGGCAGAGAUCAAGUUGCCAUAUCCGCGAGUAUCUCAUCUCGCCUUCUCCUGUGACGAGAGCGUCCUUGUCAUCGCAACCUCAACGGGGGGAAUUGUAGCCUUUCAGGCUGAAAGCUUGCAGAAAGGCAACCUUACCCCUGCCCUAGAAAUCUCCACAAAUGGCCAGAACCUCCGAAUAGUUGCGCCAAAUCCAGUCGCAGAAUCGGCGGAGCUAUUCGCUGUGAUCACCGCAAAUGGCGAGCUGAUGCUUCUUGACUUAAAAGCCGGGGCUAUAAAAUCUGGCAACGAGGACAAUGUGCUCAAGAGAGGCGCAAGUUGUCUGUCAUGGAGUAAUCGAGGCAAGCAGUUGGUUGCAGGCAUGGCGGACGGGACGGCGGUCCAGAUGAAACCGGAUGGAACUGUUGUUGCGACCAUUCCCAAGUCAACAAGCCUCCCCACAGACUCGCAUGUGUCUGGCAUAUCAUGGCUCGAGAACGAUACCUUCUUCAUCAUAUAUACACCCAACAACACGGGCGAUGAGAUCCCACCAUCAGAAUACUACAUCGUGCAAAGGGAGAAAACCAACUUCACAUUUCAGAAACUUCCCGAGAUCCUGCCACCAUUCGGUCUACCCAGACUCCCUGCUUUCCACUUCAUCUCGAGACUGAGGAAUUUCCAGCCUCAUAUUCGAGACUUGUUAAUAGUAGCCGCCACAACCGCUACAGACGUCGGCCUGAUCUCCAAGUCGGACCAGGCUUUGUCACAGGAAGAUCCAGUCAUUUCGGCAUUCACUUUCACCACAAUCGAAGAUGAUACGAGACGCGCUCAGCUUCCCCUUUCUGCGACGAUGGAGGAUACUUCGCCUAUCGGUAUGAUAGUAGACUUGUCCAGUUCCGAAAAGGUUCCGAACCCUAUCCCUUCGGACCCAGAAAUCGAAGAAACUGCUGGACCUGUGCCAUGCCUGCUCAUAUUGAACAAUGAAGGCAUUCUGGUGGGCUGGUGGAUCAUAUACAACGAGUCAGUGCGAUCAAAGAUUACUUUCCCCGGUUUUGCAUCUGUGCAAACUGCAAAGGAAGGUUCAGCACCUGCUGUUCAGUCCUCCUCACCGCCUCCUGCUGCCGCCGCCGCCGCCGCUCCUACUACAUCUAAGGAACCACAUUCUGCCGGUGCUUUCGGACAGGCUGCAAGCGAGGUCUUUGGUGUGCCCGCAGCCCCUUCAGCCUUUGGCGCCUCUUCUGCCAAAACAUUUGGGACUUCCUCCCCGAUCACGUCUGAUAAACCUUCAUGGGCUAGCACGGGGUUUGGCUCUACUGGAGGUGCAGCGUCGACACCUGCCUUCGGACGGCCUGCGUUCGGUUUAGCUACGCCUAUGGGAGGGACUAAUGCUCCCGCGUUUGGGUCAGUAAGUGCUUUGGGAAGUCGAACGUCGGCUUUUGGACAACCCUCGACUUUCGGAGGUACUCCUGCAUUUGGUCAGACUUCUGCCUUUGGUACCGCUUCAACCUCUAGUCCUUUCGCAAAAGCCGCAGGUGGCGCAAACAGCGGAGGCUUUUCCUCGUUCUCGAAGGGAGGGGGUUUUUCUUCUUUUGCGGGAGGCACCUCGGCGCAGAGCAGCCAAAGUCCUUUCGGUGCAGCGAGCGGGACGAGUCCCUUUGCACAAGCAACUGGAAAUAUAUUCAGCUCCAACAAGUCUCAAGAAUCUCCAUUUGCAACGAAGAAAACCGGCGACGCCCCCAGCUCUUUUGGAUCGGCGAAUGCUUUCAAAUUGCAGUCAUCAUUCCGAGGAGAUGGAACAGCGAAAGACGACCUACCACCGCCCAAAGAACCAGGCGGUUUUAGCUUUGGAACCUCGUUUGGUGAUAUGCUAGGCGACAGCAAGCCCGCACUGUCGCCCACCCACAACAAAGAAGAGGAAAUGGACGAGGAAAGCGGACCGAGCGAGGCUGAAUCCGACAGAAUCCAAGAUACGUCGUCCCAGAGAUUCUCACCACAGACCUCAGUUAAACCACCUCAGACUUUGGUUACACCUCCCUCCACCCUCACUCAAUCCAAAACUACUCCUGUGCCAGCGGUUUCCACCAUAUUUGGCCCGCCGCAAAAUGAGACCACCACCCCGCUAGCUCCAAAUCCCACCGCGGUCUGGUCUUUCAACGCCUUGUCGUCCACAACUCCCAAGGAAACUCCGAAGCCCUCUCAUAUGGCUAUGUUUGGCACAAAGAACACAACCCAAGAAACACCAGCUGUCGUACAAAAAGGUGUGCCAGCACCUACUUUUGGUUCUGUAGGCCCACCACCAGAGAUCAAGAAAGAGCCUGUGAGCGAGGACGAGUCUGUUGAUCGCAAGACCAUCCCGGAGGCACCUCUACCGCCCGAUACUGUCAGUAAGCCACGCUAUGUAUCGGGUGAGACUUCGGCUUCGUCGAAUACAUCGAAAACACCGCCAGAUGAUGCCCCUCUGCCGCCAGAUUUCCUUCCUGUGCCUAGGGCAGGCCAAGCUGAAGAGCUUAAUCCGGAACUACCGGAUGACGACGAAGAUGAGUUCAGCUCAGGCUAUGAGGAUGAAGCAGAAGAAAUCGAAGAUGAAAGUGCGGAGGAGGAUGUCACUGAAGAACGAACUGAGCAUCUGGAGACAUCACCAGAAAGCUCGUUCAAGAGUGGCGACAGGAGUCCAGAAACAAGUCCCACAGGUGGAUUGUUUACGAAGGUUACUGCGGCCUCCAUACCACCCAAGCCUGCUAGACCGCUUUUUGGCGAGGUGGGUGCCGGUCCUGUUUUCGCCCCCCCCAAACCGCAAGAAAGUCCACGGUCGCCGAGCCCUGUGAGGCAGGCCUUCUCAAUCGAAGGUCUCCGAGCAGAUGCCUCCAGGUCGGUUAGUGCACCGGCUCACCCUCGGUCCAUCAUUGACCAACGGAAGGCUGAAUACCAGAAAUCUGCACUGGCCGCCCAGGCAGCGAGGACCAAGGAGGAAGGGGCAGCGAAAGAGAAGGCUCGCCGCGAGGCUAUUGCGCGCGAAAAAGCGCAAGCGGAAUCUGAGGAGCUCGCACCACUUGAGGAUGACGAGGAUGAGAGAUUGCGCCAGGAGCUGGAAGGGCCUAUCACGCCCUCCGAAACACUGGACGAUUUCGUCACUUAUCAACCCCGUUCUCGCGAAGAGACACAAAAGACUGGCAUACCAGCACAGAUCGAGCGGCUUUACUCGGAUAUUAAUUCGAUGGUAUAUACCCUGGGAAUUAAUUGCCGGUCGCUAACAGCAUUCCUGCAAUACCAGCAACCCGAGGCAACCAAUCAAUCAUGGCCAGCUGUGCUCAAAUCCGAGACACCACUGGAUGCCCUGAAUGACGAGCUUCUCUUGACUGAUAUUGCUAGAUUGCAUGAAGGAUAUACGGUGCUUUCAGACAUGCUUGCGGAUUGCAGUAUUGGGGAUUACAUCGAGAAAUUUGAAGAGGCCCAAGCUCUGAUAAAGCGAGAAGUCUUCGACUUGAGAAACAAGCUCAUGUCUGUACGUAAGACCUUGCACAGUCUGUCAACUACCGACGGUGCAGGGAGCGCACCUCUUUCUGCCGAGCAGACUUCCAUCCAGCAUGAUCUCCGCAAGACUUUUACCUGUGUGCAGACGCAGAUGGUUCAGGUUGAAGAUGGGCUUUCCAUCCUUCGUGCGAAGCUCGCCCAAUUGGCUCCGACCGAUGACUCGAGCCAAACAACGGGGGCUUUGGGACGAGCGUCUUCUCGGAAGAAGCCGACUGUGGAAGCCGUGACCAAGACGGUCGAAAAGAUGAUGACUAUGGCGGAACAGAAGAGUGCAGACGUCGACGUCCUGGAAGCGCAGCUCAAAAAGAUGAGCGUGUCCUCGGGUACGUCCCACGUCGGCAAUGGCGACAUGUCUAUUGGAGUUCCAAGCACUCCAAGGAGCCGACAGAUAAAUACCGCGGCGACCCCAGGAAGUGCCGGCAGUGUCUACCAUACUCCAGACUCCAAAUUUACCAAUAGCACCCGUUCAGCUCGAGGUUUCAGAACAAGCCAGACCGGAGGGUUAAUCAUGAUAUCGGCAGAAGAUAAGCAACGAUGGCAGGCCAAGGCACGUCGUCGCAAGGAUGUUGCCAACAUGUUGAAAGAAGUCUUGGAAGAGAAACAAAAAGGCAUGGCAAAGGUCGCCAAGGGAUGACUUGGGCGCGAGAUCCUGUUCUAAUACUUUUGUGACAUUAGAGGGAUCAAGGAUCUGUAUCAUGGACUAUCUUGCCGUCUUGGAAAUGAAAUGGGAUUGCGUCUAGAUUCGGCAGUAGGCCCCUCCCACUGGGUAACAUAGCAGCGGCAAAGCGUUGGUGUUUGGUAGCUUAGUAAUGACGAGAGGCCUCAAGUGAUAUCACGUGAGACCAUCGCGAUGGCCGUUGGAGGCGUGGCUUGGCAACGCAAUCAAACUUCCCCUCUCG